AUGGCUCACAGGCCGAAAAGAACGUUCCGGCCGCGCCGAGCCGACUCUAGUGACAGCGACGGCGCCCAGGAGACAUUUGCUGAACCCGGGGAGACUGGGGAGCAGGCGGCCCGGGGCCCUGCGGUGGAAGGGCCGCCGUCUGGAAGAGGCCACGCGGAGGUGGCUGAACUGCUCCGCCGGGGCCGGGGCCGCCGCCGCGGCCGGGCCUGGGCUAGUUCGCGGCGCGCCGCGACAGCGGCUCCGCGCUUGGACGGAUCCUCAGACGUCCCAGAAUCCAGAAUGGUUGAUCUUUCAGCCGACGAAGAGGAUGGAGCACACCAUUCUUCAGAAAGUAAAGAUGAUCAGAGUUCAUCUCCCAACGGCUCUACGACUCUGGAGGACGUGUUUUCAUCAGUAGUAGAUAUCCCUGAUGCAGCUUUUAUUCAAGCAACCUACGGAAAAUGCAAAUUGGCCAGGGCCCAAGAGGACUAUAUUUCUUUGGAUGUAAAACAUGCCUUCACCAAAUCUGGUAUGAAGAAAAACAGUGAAGAUUCUGAAAGUGAGCCUGAUGAUUUUAAAGAUAUAACGCCAUUUACCCCGAAGCCUCAAACACUUAGACAAAGAAUGGCUGAUGAGACAAAAACUAGAAAUGAAGAAACAAGUGAUGAUAGUCAAGAUGAAAAAAAUCAAGAUAUUUGGGAGCAGCAGCAGAUGAGGAAAGCUGUUAAAAUCACAAAGGGACAAGACAUAGAUCUUUCUUAUAGCCGUGAAUCUCAAACAGUGAAGAAGUUUGAUGCUUCCGUUUCAUUUCCACCAGUAAGCUUAGAAAUUAUAAAGAAGCAACUAAAUACUAGAUUAACAUUACUACAGGAUACUCACCGCUCACAUCUAAGAGAAUAUGAAAAAUACAUACAAGAUAUCAAGAGCUCAAAGACUACCAUCCAGAACCUAGAGAAUUCAUCAAAUCAAGCUCUAAGUUUUAAAUUCUAUAAAAGCAUGAAAAUUUAUGUGGAAAAUUUAAUUGACUGUCUUAAUGAAAAGAUUAUCAACAUCCAAGAAAUAGAAUCAGCCAUGCAUGCACUCCUUUUAAAACAAGCCAUGAAAUUUAUGAAACGCAGGCAAGAUGAAUUAAAACAUGAAUCAGCGUAUUUACAACAGUUAUCAUGCACACCUGAGACAUCAAUAAAUAAUAGCUUGGCUAUAGAUGAAAAAACUCAAUGGAUUUUAGAAGAGGUUGAAUCUCGAAGGGCACGAAGAAGACAAGCAAGGAUUCUUUCUGGGAAUUGUACUCAUGAAGAAGGAACAUCUAGUGAUGAUGAACUGUCUUCAGCAGACAUGAUUGACUUCCAAAAAAGCCAAGGUGACAUUUUACAGGAUCAUAAGAAGAUUUUUGAAGAUGUGCACAGUGAUUUUUGUAAUAUCCAGAAUAUUUUAUUGAAAUUUCAACAAUGGCGAGAAAAGUUUCCUGAUUCUUACUAUGAAGCUUUCAUUAGUUUAUGCAUUCCGAAGCUUUUAAAUCCCCUAAUACGAUUUCAAUUGAUUGAUUGGAACCCUCUUAAGUUUGAUUCCAUAGGUUUAAAACAGAUGCCAUGGUUCACAAGUAUAAAAGAAUUUAUAGAUUGCAGUAUGGAAGAUUCAAAGAAGGAAGAUAGUUCUGAUAAGAAAAUCUUGUCUACUGUCAUCAACAAAACAGUUAUUCCUCGACUUACAGGCUUUGUAGAAUUCAUUUGGGAUCCCUUGUCAACCACACAGACAGCAAGUUUAGUAACACAGUGCAGAAUGAUUCUUGAAGAACAUUCCACUUGUGAAAAUGAAGUUAAUAAAGGCAAACAGGAUUUACUUAAAUCCAUUGUUUCAAGAAUGAAGAAGGCAAUAGAAGAUGAUGUUUUUAUUCCUCUGUAUCCAAAGAGUGCUGUAGAAAACAGAACAUCACCACAUUCAAAGUUUCAAGAAAGACAGUUCUGGUCAGGUCUAAAGCUCUUCAGCAAUAUUCUUCUUUGGAAUGAACUUCUCCCAGAAGACAUCUUGCAAGAGCUAGGACUAGAGAAGCUACUGAAUCGUUACCUUAUUAUAGCUCUUCUCAAUGCCAUACCUGGCCCAGAUAUUGUUAAAAAGUGCAGCCAGAUAGCAGCAUAUUUACCAGAAAAGUGGUUCCAAAACUCUGCUAUGAGAACGUCCAUUCCCCAGCUAGAAAAUUUCAUCCAGUUUUUACUGCAGUCUGCACAUAAAUUAUCUAGAAAUGAAAUCAGGGAUGAAGUCAAAGAAAUAGUUCUUAUCCUGGUGAAAAUAAAAGCUUUGAAUCAAGCAGAAUCCUUCAUAGAAGAAUAUCACCUAGACCAUCUUAGAUCAGUAAUUAAAGAAUUUGAGUAA